GUGCCCAGGCGGCUGCCUUCCAUGAGGGAGGGAGGCGGUUUUCCUUUUUAAUUAAUUGAACGAUAUGAUGGAGGAGAGAGAAUUGGCGGCGGAUCCGUGUCCCCCUGGUGGAGCUGCCCAGUGUCCCCCUGGUGGAGCCGCCCAGUGUCCCCCUGGUGGAGCCGCCCAGUGUCCCCCUGGUGGAGCUGCCCAGUGUCCCCCUGGUGGAGCCGCCCAGUGUCCCCCUGGUGGAGGAGGAGGAGCCCAGUGUCCCCCUGGUGGAGGAGGAGGAGCCCAGUGUCCCCCUGGUGGAGGAGGAGGAGCCCAGUGUCCCCCUGGUGGAGGAGGAGGAGCCCAGUGUCCCCCUGGUGGAGGAGGAGGAGCCCAGUGUCCCCCUGGUGGAGCCGCCCAGUGUCCCCCUGGUGGAGCCACCCAGUGUCCCCCUGGUGGAGGAGGAGGAGCCCAGUGUCCCCCUGGUGGAGGAGGAGGAGCCCAGUGUCCCCCUGGUGGAGCCGCCCAGUGUCCCCCUGGUGGAGCCACCCAGUGUCCCCCUGGUGGAGGAGGAGGAGCCCAGUGUCCCCCUGGUGGAGCCGCCCAGUGUCCCCCUGGUGGAGCCGCCCAGUGUCCCCCUGGUGGAGGAGGAGGAGCCCAGUGUCCCCCUGGUGGAGCCGCCCAGUGUCCCCCUGGUGGAGGAGGAGGAUCCCAGUGUCCCCCUGGUGGAGCCGCCCAGUGUCCCCCUGGUGGAGGAGGAGGAGCCCAGUGUCUCCCUGGUGGAGCUGCCCCGUGUCCCCCUGGCGGAGGUGGAGCUGCCCAGUGUCCCCCUGGCGGAGGAGGACCCACGCCGUGUCCCCCCGGUGCAGGGGGUGAGCCCGCAGGCCCCCCGGACCCCGCUCCCGGCCCCGCUGCCCGCCGGCGGGGGCGGCGGCGGCAGCAGGAGCAGCGUCCCUUCGACUUCAGCCUCCACGGCUGCCGCCGGGUGGCGCUGAGGCUCGCCUACCUGGGCUGGGGCUACCAGGGCUUUGCCAGCCAGGAGAACACGGGCAACACCGUGGAGGAGAAGCUCUUCGAGGCCCUGGUCAAGACCCGGCUGGUGGAGAGCCGGCAGACGGCCAAUUACCACCGCAGCGGCCGCACCGACAAGGGGGUCAGCGCUUUCGGACAGGUGAUCUCCCUGGACCUACGAUCGAAGCGGAAGGGGGAGGAAGGGGACGAGGAGCUGCGCUACACCCACAUCCUGAACCGGGUGCUGCCCCCGGACAUCCGGGCGCUGGCCUGGGCACCGGCGGGACCGGACUUCAGUGCCCGCUUCAGCUGCCGGCACCGGACCUACCGCUACUACUUCCCGGGCCGGGGGCUGGACCUGGCGCUCAUGGACGCGGCGGCCCGCCGGUUCGAGGGCACACACGACUUCCGCAACCUCUGCAAGAUGGACGUGGCCAACGGGGUGGUCAACUUCCGCCGGACGGUGCUGCUGGCCAGGGUGGGCCGGGUCCCCGGGGAGAGCGAGGAGGAGCAGGGGGUCUCCUCGCCCUACGGCAUGUGCCAGUUCGAGGUCCGUGGCCUGGCCUUCCUCUACCACCAGGUGCGCUGCAUGGCCGCGGUCCUGUUCCUGGUCGGGCAGCGCCUGGAGGAGCCGAGCGUUGUCGACGAGCUGCUGGACGUGAGGGAGAAUCCCCGCAAGCCGCAGUACAGUAUGGCCGUGGAUUACCCCCUGGUGCUCUACGACUGCGCCUAUGAGAACCUGGAGUGGAUCUUUGACCCAGACGUCCAGGCCUUCAACGUGACUCACCUGCAGGGUUUGUGGACUCAAGAAGCCAUCAAGAGCCGCAUCCUGUACAGCAUGCUGCAGGGUCUUGGCCAGGCACCCAGUGAGCGGAGACCAGAGGACGAGACAGACCCCCUGACCGUCUGGGCGCGCGCCCAGCCCCCACCGGACCCCCGCCCGGACCCCCUGCUGGAGGGGGUGAGGCCUCGGAGGUACAAGCGGCUGAUGGACCGGGAGCGGUGCGAGGGGCUGGAGUCCCGCAUCCGCCACUACGCCAAGAGGGGGCGUAUCGAGCUGCCCGAGGAGCUGCGGGAGGACAUGUCUUUCUAA